CUGCUGUUGUAUGUAAAAUGUUAGGAUAUGUUCGUGCUAUUGCUGCUCCUACUGGUAACAUAUACUCUGGUAACUUUACUGGAAAGAUUUGGUUAUCUAAUGUUCAUUGCAAUGGAUCUGAGUCUAGCAUAUUUGAUUGUCAUUAUGCGCCUUUGGGAAACAACAAUUGUACUUCAGCUAAUGAUGCCAGUGUCAUUUGUACUAAUAUUCCUAUUAAUCCGUAUCCUGUUAGACUAUCUGAUGGUAUUAAUGAUCACUCCGGUCGUGUGGAGAUAUUUUAUAACAACGAGUGGGGGACCGUCUGUGAUAAUCAUUGGACUAUGAAUGAAGCUAAUGUCGUAUGUAGAGAACUAGGAUUCCCUGGUGCUCAAGAUGGCGGUGCUCUUGGUGGCUCUGUCAGUACUGCAGGUAACGGUCAUAUUUGGUUAAGCAACAUAAACUGUCAAGGAAAUGAGUACUUCUUACAUCAGUGCAGCCAUGAUCCUUAUGGCAGUAACAGCUGCCAACAUGUGAAUGAUGCUAGAGUGAUAUGUAAAGGUACUCUGGAAAGAGUUGAGAUAUUGUUAGCUGAUGUUUUUAAGGCUCUAUGUGAACUGGAUCCAUCUAAAGCAAUGGAUGCAGAUGGUGCUGGUACUGUUUGGUUGAAUGAUGUCAUUUGUACUGGGACUGAGAAUACAUUGUUUGAGUGCUCCUAUUCAGGAUUCGGCAUUCAUACCGUAUAA